AGAGCACGCCACUAGUUUCUAGUUUCUAAUACGCAAUAACGAUGGCAUCUGCUAGCUUGUCUUCAAACAAGUUAAAGCUUAAUCACCUUACGAUCAACAAUUAUAAUCGACAAAAUGCUUACGAGUCACAGAAACAGUUUAUUAAAUCUGUUCAAGAUUAUUCUAUCAAAACAAGCCAGUCUCCUGUUGAUAUAACUGAUGAUGUAUUUUCUCUUAAAAGUUUACCACCUAAACAUCAGUUAAUGAAAUGGUCCACUGAACUAUCUAUGCGUAAUAAUAUUGCGAGUGGAAUCCAUUAUAUAGAAUGCAAUCUAGGAAAGUUCAUGUAUGAAAGUGUUCAGCUUCUAAUAGCUCUUCAUAGGGUUCAAGAAAUGAAGCUAGCAGUUGAUCAAGAGUUAACAUGGUUUAAUUCUCCCAAGUUAGUACCAAAAUCAAUCAGUAUUUUUCUUUCUCAAAAUUUAAUUGAAAAAUUCAAAGAAGUGCUUUUUAAAAGGCCAGCUAACAAUGAAAUAUCAGAAUAUGGGAUGAGCCCUAAUACUUUAGCUGAGUUAUGUUGUGCUAGAUGGCUUUCAUCAGAUCAUAUGCUGCAAAUUUCCAGCAUUUUAAACUUGAUCCAAAGCCAUUCAAAGGUAAUUUAUUUUAACUUUUUAGGAAAUAUUGAGCAUUAUGUAUCAAGAAUAACUGUUGUCCCUGAAAAGCUGAUCUUUAUUACAAAUGUUGGAGGAAACAACGAGAAAACAUUUUCUGGUACAGAUUUAAAUGCAGGUUGCCACUGGACACUUGCAGUUUAUGAUAGUAUUGAAGGUAAUUUUUACUAAGGAGAUUCUUUAGGAUGGUCAACUCCAGAUGAUUUUUUAACUAAAGUUAAAUUAUUAAUCAGAAAAUUGCAUAAACGAAAGCUUUAAUAUCACUUAUUGUCAUGAUCCAAAGACACAUAUGAUUGGAGUUAAAAAAUGCAGUUCUUUUUGCAAAGAAAAUUAUCCCAUGCAGACAUGUGGAAAUAUUUGUGGAGUUAUUACCAUAAUAGUAUGUGCAAUCUCUUGCCUAAAAUAUGAUUACUUUAAAUGUAUGAUAAAUAAUGGUCAAAUAGUGACCAAUAAUUACAUUUUUUUAAAAGACCCUACUAAAUAUUCUAAAUAUUUAAGAUUAGUUUUAAUGUCAUGGUUUAUCUCAAAAGAAAUAAAUCUUGAUUUUGUUGUUCCUACCACUAUUGUGCGUGAAAUUUCCACAAGUAUUGAGGUAAGUGAUACUAAUUCUGAUGAAGCCAUAUAUACCAUAUAUGCCAUAUAUACAAAUGUUUUCGAAUCCAACUUAAUUAAAAAAAAUAUGGCCAGUGUAAAAAAUAUCGAUUUAUCUUUAAAAUGCGCAAUUUGCAAUAUCUCUUUCACCCAAAAAAAAAACAUGCUGCGGCAUAUGAAAAAUAAACACAAAUCAAUUGAUGAAGCACAAGAAAAUAUUCAAUCAGGAAAUUCUUUUUGUCUUCAAUGUGGAUUUAAAUGUAGGCGAGUUAAGGAUUUAAGAAAACAUUUAUCUACAGUUCAUUUUUAUGCUUUUCAGAAAGAAGAAAUAUCAUUUGCUAAUUAUCGAGAAUUUGAAAUGUGGAAAUCAGAUGUUGAAAGUAAUAAUGCAACACAAUAUGUUUUACCUUCUGGUGAAAAGAUUGAUAAAGAUAGUAGGAAAGUAUCAUACUAUCAAUGCAAUAGAAGUGGACUUUAUAAAUGCAUGGCGAAGAAAAGACUAGUUAAAAGUAGUGAAACUCACUUACAGUCACCAAGUAAAUUGACCAAAGCAAAACUUGGUACAACAUCCAAUAGUAAUAUAAAAACAAACAUAUUGUCGAUAGAACAAAGAAAAGUUUUAGAAUUAUUUGCUUACAAAAAACCAACUAUCAGUAACACAUUAACUAUAAAAGAUUUACGUCUGGAUGACAAUUUUCCUCAUCCAGAAAUACUAAAACAUGAUAUUUCAAUUGUCAAAGAAUUAAUAAACCCAGAUGUGUUUGAAAUGGUUCAGACAAAAUUGCUUCACCUAGAACAAAGUUGGAGUUGUUCUAUAUGCAGUACACCUCAGUAUAAGGAUAUGAUUGAGUGUGAAGUUUGUGAGACGUGGUACCAUUGGAUUUGUGUGUCUUUAUCUGAAACAGUAAGUGAUGUGCAUUGGAUAUGCCAUAAAUGUGAUUCAAAAAAAGUUGUGCGUGUGGAAUAAAUAUAAAAAAUAUUGAUUGAGUUAAGUUCACUUGUUUAUUUAUUGUGCUGCUUUUUUUAGUUCUUUCAGCUUCUUUAUAGUACUUAAAUUUCGAGUUUAUGUGUGCAUCAUUAAGUUAUGUUACAAAUAAACUGUUUUAUUAAAAUCUUCUAAUUAUAAUCCAAAUCUUAAUAUAAUUUAUUUUUCUUAUUCUACUGACCAACAGCUUGCAGUUUGAUAAAUUAAGUAAUAAAUGUUUUGAAAAUCACAACUUCAAAUAACUAAAAAUGUUUUCAAAGUCAUGUUGAGUCCAAUUUCCCAUAAAAAAUUAUCUAUAACUAGAACAUUCUCUAAAUUAAAUUAUUUAUUUGUCUGUUUAACUUUUAAAUUACCUCAAUGCAAAUGUUUUUAACAAUGCUUCAUUUAUUCUGAAUGCAAAUGUUAUUGUUUAAAGGUGAUGAUUUUUAAAGAAGACGAGGUUAACAUUGCAUGCAAUUGUUACAGUUUCUUUGCAUAUGUUUUAAAUUUAUACUUCAUUUUUAGUUUAUGCCAAAAAUUUGAUAGCAGCAUAGACAUUUAUACCUUUCUGAUAUUAGCAUAUGCAUUGGCAUUUAAUAUUAUGCUAUUUGUGACACUGGUAUAAAUUGCCCUAAUUGUGCUGUUUGUGUCAUGGUGUUAAAUUUUUUUUGACACAACACGCUUAUACCUUUAUGGCAUUGGUAAUUUAGUAUUAUAUAGCCUUUUGUGUAAUCGGUAUAAGUCGUUAGGGUUAUCUCAUAUUUAUAUUCCUUAUAUAAGAUAUAGUUAAACACU